AUGACGGCAGUAGCGAAGAACGCCCCACAGCUACGCAUUCAGCCGGCCUGGCUUCAACAUGAUAGACAGGUCCUGCGAUAUUACGCCUACUUUCAAGAGCCUGUGGUGGAAUCCCCUGUGGAGAACUACAGGGUUAGGAAAUGUACGAUACUGUAUUACCUCGAGGACGGCUCCCUGCAUAUACUCGAACCUAAGAUCCUCAACAGCGGCCUCCAACAGGGGGCCUACUUGAAGCGCCAUAGAGUGCCCAACGGUGAAGGGGAGUAUUUUGGGCCGGAGAACCUACGUUGUGGUAUCACCAUCAGCGUCUACGGGCGGAAGUUCAUGAUUACUUCUUGUGAUAAGUUCACGAGGGACUUCUACACUGAACACGGACUGGACCUAGGGGAAGAACGCGAGAUUCCGAUUGACCAGUACACCGCUUCAGUGAAGAGGACAGCUGAAUUGGCUCAGCAGCCUAUACCGGAGCUGUCAGGAACAAAAAGGCACGGUAAUCCUAAAAUGAGGCAAUACUUGGAGAACGAUGGGAAAGUGCUGAGGUUCUAUGCCUAUUGGGACGACAAGACCCGAUACGGCACAAGGCAGUACUACACCAUACACUUCUUCCUGGUUGAUGACACGUUGGAGAUUCUCGAGAUCCAUACUAGAAAUUCUGGUCGUGAUCACUACCCUACCUUUUUCAAGCGAGGACCGCUCUCCAAGAGGCCAACACUGGUAGGCUCGGGGCGAUGGACGGGCGUCCGAGAGGACCAAGCUCAGGUCCAUACCCCAGGGAUGUUCGUGGACGAGAUGAAGGCCCUAUACGAGGAGACGGGCGGACAGACGCUGUACACCCCCAACGACCUCUCCACUGGCUCUACUAUGGCCGUCUAUGGUCGAGACUUCUUCAUAUACGACUGCGAUGCCGCUACGAGGGAGUUCUAUAAGAAGUACAAUGGCAACCCACAAGAUCCUGUGGAACUGGAUGUAGAACCACCAACACACUACGAGCUGACUAAACCACCCCAUAUAGGUGUGGGCCAGGAGGAGGACUCGAUAGGCUCUUGUUAUUCCCUCCGUCCGAAGCCCCCACGACAGGAUCUAAUCAAGAAGAUGAAGAACUCUGGUAAGGUACUGCGCUUCGAGGCUAGGAUGGAGAACAGGCAACCGGAGGAUGCCAACAGAAGGUUCAUAAUUGGCGUUUUCCUGUUGGAUGAUCAAGUUGCUGUAUGGGAGAUGAGAUGCCGUAAUUCUGGACAGACUGAGGGUAAAUUCUCGGAGAAAUCGAGGAAGAGGAACCCAGCGACUGGACAGUGGUUUACGCCGACUGAGUUCUUCGUGGGUGCUACGGUUGUCAUCGCAGCAAUCCCAUUCUAUAUCGUCAGAGCUGAUGAAUACACUCUCAAGUAUAUGGAGGAGCAAGGAUCGUCCCAGGGCUUCCACUACAGUGACAUCAACACUAUAGCGAGGAAAUUGGCUCCCCUACAAUCGUACCAAGACUUUACGUCCCGCGACCGUAUUGAUCCAGAUGAGUUCACUCAGUUGGUGACCGAGGCAACUGGGGAGCGUCUGGUGGACCACGAGAUAGUUACAAUCAUUCGCCAUUGUGGUGACCUCUCCACUGAGCCCUGCACCAUCGAUGUCCCAAAGGUCCUGCAGGCUGUCCAGCGAGCUCUACAGUGA